CACUACACACACACACACAUGCAAUAUCUCCCUUUAAUUAUUAUUUAUCAGUCGUUGGUAAAUGUUGGUCAGGCAAAGCCGCAAAAGGGCGGUCAGCCCACAUGCCGUGCAGCAGUGUGCAGCAGAUGUGCAGAUGUGCAUAUUUGCUGCUGUGCUGUUCCUAGCUCGCUGCGUUUCGUUGUCUCGGGGCUGUGAUUGGAGGGGUUUAAUGGGUGUCGGUGUGCUUGCGCUGGGCUGGCUGGUUCUUCGGUUUCGCUUGGGAAUUGUGGUUUUUGCGCUGGUGGGGGUGGUCGGUGAGUGUAAGGGAGCGCAGCGAGCGGGCGGAGGGUAGCGGAUGGUGGGUGUAGAUCAGGUGCCAUUCUUAGUCCGAGGUCGUGCGGUUGUUUACUCCGAACCUCUGUGGUGGUUUUCCGGUGAG